CUUUGUUUUCGACCUAAGAAUGCAUAUGUAGGUUAGUUAAGGUCCAUAAUAAAUGGCAGAAAUCGUCGGUGGCAAAUUACAAAAGUGUGUAAAAUAGUUCAAAAUUAUCAGUUAUUUCGACUUAGAGUGUUCUAGCGUUGGAUUCCUGGAUUUUUGGGAUACAAAUGUUUCAGAGGCUGCAGUUGAACAUUAUAGUUCGAAAUGCUUUCGGAUGCAGACGAUUUCAAUUCAUCGGUGAGAGUUGUGGAAUUUUUAAAAAAUGGCCAAAACUGCGGGUUUUCUUUGACGAGAGGAAAAUGGGAUCCGUAUCCGUGGGUUAGUAACGUCGAUGAAAAUUCGGUGUCAAGUUUAGCCGGAUUGAAGCCAGGCGACUGUCUACUGGAAGUGAACGGUGAAGAUGUUGUUGGUCAAAAAAUCUCCAAAAUUGCGGAACUAGUGAAAUCAAAGCCCGAUAAAGUUUCCCUUUUACUGUGGAAUGCUGGUGUGGAUCCCCAUUGUUCACCAGAGGCACUAUGCUGUGGGCCAAUUCCCAACAAUUUAACCCGAUUAUCAGCCUGCAUGUCAUCGAUAUUGGCUUUUCUGGAAUGUCCCAUAUGUUUAGACACCAUUUCUCCACCUACAUAUCAAUGCGACAACGGACAUUUAAUCUGCAUAAGAUGUAGAGCCAAGUCUGAAAGGUGUCCAGUUUGCAGACUCAGACUGUCCAGAGGACGGUCUUUGGUCUCAGACCAGGUGUACAAUGCGGUGAUUGACGCAUUUGAUUUGAAAGAAGACGCCAAUGAUAUCCGGUCUCAGAAAAUUCAGCAAAUCUUCAAACCGAAAGUGAAAAACACAAAUAUACCCAAUAUUAAAGUCACUGAAUGCUAUGCGAACAAAUUUUUGGCGAAACUUGCGGGCAAGUCAUCAUCGGUGGGUAAUCUUUCCUCAAACAGUACUCUAUUAGUGCCUAGCCAGAACGACCAUUUGAAAAUGAAGAGUUUGUCUUCGAGUGAGAUUUUCAACGAAUCGACACCGACAGUUUCAAGAGUUGGCUCGAUCACUAGAUUAGGACGGCGAAAAUACAAUGAUACCACUAUGGAUGACUCUUUAACUAAUAUAAGCGAUUUCGGAGAUAGGGCCUCUUCUUGUCACGGAUCAUUUGAGUUUCUUAAUUCAAAUUUGGAAAAUCAACAACGAAAUUCCAUAUGUGCAUCGUCAAAGGACGAGCUUUCUUAUUAUUGUCCAUUUGACUCAAAAUGCACUACUCUAAUCAAAGGUGUGAACUUUAGAGAACAUUUCCAAACCAAUCACACCGGCCCAUUAAUCCAAUAUUUCGGAUCAUCGUUUGAAAUCCUGCUGAAGAAUAUAGAAAACGAAAUGUGUUUUGUCGUCAACAACGACAGCAAUAUUUUCUUUAUUAAAAUAGUUACUGUAUUUGAUAAAGCAGAUCAAGAAAAUAAAAAAUCUGACGCAAUCUUAGCUUGGUGUUGGUACUUGGGACCGAAAGUUGCAUCAAAAACCUUUGAAAUGAAAUUGGAGGUAAAGGAAUCCGAAGCCCCUCUAUUGCGAGUAGUCGGCUCAGUGUUUUCUCUAAACGCCACUUCUUUUUUCGAUAUAACCGAAUUUAAAAGAGGGAUAUUUUUGAGCUCGAAGACUAUAAAUGCAUUGGGUCAUAUUGAUCAGUUGAGUCUAUCAGUUAAUAUUACCUGUGUGGAUGUAUGAGAAUAGAUGCUAGAAUUAGAUAGGUGCUUAUUAAGGGCAAAUUACUAUAUGAAAAUACUUUUUUUAAGCGGAAAUUAUAGAAUUUAUAUAAAAAAUACACUUCAAUGGCAGUAUUAUUGUAAGAUUUUUCAGGGUGAAAAGCAAAUGUUACCCAAAUGCAAAUAGAGCGCAGAGUGUAAAACGCGCAUAUUAAAUAUAUUCAAAAAGGUUCCAAUGAAUGGUAGGCGAGUUCAAGUUAAUAUUGUCCAGAAUAAUCCUUCAAUGUAAGCAAUGUGGCCUUCAAGCCUUCUACAAGCUCUUCUGUGAAGAUCAAAAAGAUGAACUGUAAUUACACUUGCAGCACUAAAUGACCGAAAUGUGUGUAUUAUUUAUAUAUUAUAUUACAUCUAAGUGUGUCGUUUUGCUAGUAAGAGGAAUUAGCCUGCAUAUUGUAUGUAAAUAGUGUGUAAUAGUAUUUGUAUUGAAACACAUAAAAACAAAUUUUAAGAUGACACUCAAUUAGGCCUGGGUAACUCAAUUAAUUUUUAGAAGUUGGCGCAAUGCUAUGCAAAUCGUUUGCGUUGGGUUGGGUGCUCCAACCCAACGAACCGGCGCAGUAACUCAGUUCCGUGGUUGGAAAAAUGUUGAUUACUUUUUUCUUGUUUUAAGAUUUAUUUUAAGGGCCAUUUAUCAAUAAUAUUU